AUGACUAUAGAUACUACAACUACAACAGCAUCAGCAGCAACUGGUGAAACUGUGGUAGAUUUGCAAAAGACUUUGUGUGAAGAUUCUUUAUCAGCAACUGUGUCGUCGUCGAUACCAGACGCAGCCACCAUGCACACUACUUCACACACCGCACCGUCGUCGAGGAGAAACUCCACCAUGAAGCGAAGAAAGAGAGAUAGUACAAGCUCGCAGCAUUUCAACCGAGUAUCGCAUCAAUACAACAAGUGUUUUCAAAAUUACUAUCAUUCCAGCAACUUUUUGAAACAAAACCCCAUCUACAUCCCCAAUAUUAACACAUCGGUAAACCACUGGCAACUACGUAACCUAACCAAGUACAACAGACAGGAUAAUGUGUUGUACUAUACAAAGGAAGAUUCAGUUCACUUAUAUGAUUUAUCCCAAGCAUUUACCAAGAAAGUUUUGAAAUUAAACUAUUUCCCUCGUUGUUUUGAUAACCACGACGGUUUGAUUGCCACUGGUGGCUUAUUGACUUCAUCAUCAAAAUUGUUUUCUUUAGAUUUGGAUAAUUUAACCUCAAAGGACUUUAGCACUUCUUCAAGAGCUGUUGCAAAGGGUUUAUUUUCCUUUUAUAAUCCUGAGUUAUCAAUCUUGCACACGGUUAAAUUAGGAGAAAUGAUAAAUAAUGAUGUUUCAUUGAAUAAAGUGACAAAUCAGCAGUAUCAAGCACUUUUAUGUAAUAAUGAUGCCAAUCUAUAUUGUGUUGACAUCAACAACAAUUCAAGUUUGAAAAUGACAAACAAAAUCAACUGUGAAAACUAUACAUGUCUCAACUCAAGUGUCAAGAACCCAAGAAAUAGUUUGAUUACAGCUGUCGGUGAUUCAUCGCUGAUUUUUAUCAUUGACCCAAAUUCAGGCUCACCAAUUGUGAAAACUAUUGAUUCACAAUAUGAUGGUGGAUUCAGUAUAUCAUACCAUCCCAAUGGAUACUUGUUUUCAACAGUGUUCCAAGAUGGUGUGUGUCAAUUGUAUGAUUUGAGAAACUUGAAUGCUCCACUUAAGCAAUUUAAUUCGACUCGUAAAAAGCAUCAACUGGGAGCAUUUAGAGUUUGUAAAAUAUCACAACAAGACGAUUUUCAUGAUUUAUUGAUGAUUGCCGAGCAUGUGGGUCGUGUGCAUUUAAUUGAUUUAAAAACAUUUGAUCGACAAGUUAUUGUUGUCCCUGCAGCAUUAGAUCAGUUUGCCAAUUAUAAGGAAUCGUUAAUGAAGAGGGAUGAAGAUAAACUGAAACAAUUGGAGGAUGAAUUUGAAGAUGAAGAAUAUGAAGUCAAAUCGCCCAUGAAUAUUUACUCAGAAAAUUUGUCAUUUACAGCACCACUAGUGUAUGAUUACGACUAUUUGACCAAUGUCAAUCCAAGGUUAUUCAAUGAUGUUAGUUAUGUGCCACCAAUGAAUCCGCCUGAUUUGCAUGAUGAAGCGUUGAAAUUGAGUGCUCCCGACUGGUCAAGAGGUGAUAGUCUUGUGUUGAAUGAGUCAUCAUCACAAGCACCACAUGAUUGUCCAAUAUCAACGACUUCUCCACGAACCAGUAUCCAUCAUGCUAAUCACAACUAUCGUCGAUUCUCGUCCAACCCACCACCAUCAUCGUCAUCAUCAGGAUCAACUUCUCGUCCAUCAGUGUCGUAUGACGUUGAUAUUGAUUCACAGUUGAAUGAGAUUUAUCUCAACUACAAUCAUACAAAUUCAAGAAGAAACACAACAACUACAACAACUACAACUACAGUCAAUGCAUCAACUUCAUCGUCACCGUCAAUGGCAUCAGCAACAUCAUUAUCGGCAAGCUCAUCAUACAUGUACCUGACCUAUUGUGAUGAUCUGUACCAACAACACACAAACCAUCAACAUGGCGAAAUGGAAUUACUGGGUAUUGAAUUUGUUAACGAUGCUAUAACAGGUGACUUGAGAAUUGUUGUUGGAUGUCAAGAUGCUGGCGUUUUGAUGUGGGAUGUGAAUGCAGUGACGAGGCGUAGUAUUGGCAGCUUUGAAUUUAUCUAA